CCCAAGCCAAAUUACUGUUUCAGCGCGUUUUCAAACAAACAAAACGAAAAAUGUUGUUUUACUCGUUUUUCAAAUCGUUAGUCGGUAAGGAUGUAGUCGUCGAGCUGAAAAAUGACCUCAGCAUAUGUGGGACGUUGCAUUCUGUGGAUCAAUAUCUCAAUAUAAAGCUUUCGGAUAUAAGCGUGAUUGACUCUGAAAAGUAUCCUCAUAUGUUAUCAGUGAAAAAUUGUUUUAUAAGAGGCUCCGUGGUUCGAUACGUACAACUGCCGGCUGAUGAGGUAGACACCCAGCUUCUCCAGGAUGCCGCUAGAAAGGAGGCGACCGUUUCAACAAGAUAGAACUUAACCUAACCUACAACUUCAAUUUAAAGUGUACAUAUUAAUAUAAGCUUAAGUUUCUUAAUAAA